UUGAACUUUCCGAGUUUGGCAGUUCAUUUUGCUACGAAAGUGGUUUUAUAUCAUUAUUUUUCUAAUUUCUAUGUGUAUAUUGUGUAUUUAAAUAAAAUUAAAACAAUAAUAAGUGUGAGUGUGUGUUCCGUUUUAGUAUUAAAGAGAAUAAUGUGUGAUUAUUCAGUGGUUGAACUCUAAAGAACAUCGCACGAUGGAUGACGACAUAGAUAUAGAGGAACAUGAUGUUCUGGACAAUCCUCGGAUAAAGAGCAUCUUCCCCGACCUGUCCAGGGUGAAGAUUGAGAUAGUUGACAAUGAUGAUGGAGUGGUUGAAGAACACUAUGAAGCGCCCGUAGAUAAUCCAGAAGGGCUAUAUCAGUAUGAGUAUAGUUUUGAUAAUACAGAGGAUAAUGAGGAGCCAUUGCAUUAUGAGGAGGAGGUGGAGGACGAGGGGGAACAGCAGGAACAAACGUAUUUUUUUAAUAACGAAAUCAUAUUGGGAUCCAAACCGCCAGUCGAUUGGGACGCACUCAAAUUGGAGGCCGAGACCUCCCAUCCUAUAGUAGACUUAGAAGAUUGGGGUCCAGCCCUCGAAUCCAGCCCAUGUUACUGCAACACAUGCGCCAUCCUCUUCCCAACAGUCAACGCCUUAGAUGCCCAUAAAAUGAUCAGCCAUUCCUACCUAGUCGCCAUAGAUGUAACCCCUAAGAACACCGCUCGAAAAAGCACGGUAACUUCAAAAUAUUGCCACCAUUGCUCCAAAAACUUCCCAGAUGAUACGUCCCUAAUUAAACACUUAUAUGAACUCCUACCGCUAAAUUUCCCCGUCAAAGAGGAACCGGGAGAUUCGGAGACGACGAAGCCGAAGAAAUCGGUGAUUCCAUUCCCCAAAAAAGUUAAAUCUGCUACUCCAGUACAGAAAAAUAUCAAAAUUGAACCGAAUGAAGAGUUUGAAGAACCGAUAGUAGAAGUACGGAAACGAAAAAUUCGGUUUAAACUGCCUAGAGAUGGCAAAUUCUUCGCGUCCUCUUCUCUUGUGCCUAGAGGGACUUUGUUCCAGUGUAAUAAGUGUCAGAUCGGUUUCCUAUCGUGUUUCAGUGCGCAGGCACAUAGUAAGAACUGCGAAAAAGCGAUGGUAUUCGACAAAUGUGGUGUUUGCAAACGAAAGAUUCGAAAAAAGGACUCUGUGGUACAUUCCCUCCAACAUCAAACCAAUGAUAAAUUGAAAAUUUACACUAUAAACAAAAAUAUAUACGACAAAGUCCUUUGCAAGUGCCCCAAAUGUCUGUCAUGCUUCGACGAGCUAGGAUUUUGGGCGCAUUACGGUAAAUGUAAGAAAUCCGAAAAGAAGUCGACUCGUUGUCCCGACUGUGAUCUGCAUAUCGCAGCCACAAGGUACCAACUCCACCGCAUAAAGCAUGCUACAAAGAAACUGACUAAAAAAGACUUUAUAGUCAUUGAAUUUCUAGACCAUCCUGCUAAGAACUUGGCUGACAUGAAGCUAAAAGCUAAGGAAUAUAAAAAGAAGUAUAAAGAAAAAACAAAGCAUAAACAAAGCGCUGAUGUAGUAAUAUACCCGCACGAUAUACCUCUGUAUUACUGCGAUUUCUGCGGCUGUUGUCAAUACAAACUAAAUUACAAGGGCCAUGUAGAUGGCAUGUGCAAAAGUUCAAAAGGAAAGAAAUAUUGCGAUAAAUGUGGUCUAUGUUUUUCAGCUAAUAGCAUGACCAGUCAUAACCGCUUACACGCCAAACGCUCAUUCCAGCUUUCAGAUAUAAAAAUAUUCAAUUUAAUAAGCGGCAAAGUAAUGGUUCCGCCAAUCCCAGAAAUGUAUCAGUGCCAGAAAUGCGAGAAGCACUUUUUAUACCACAAAAACGUCAGGGAGCAUAAAUGCAAGCAGGAAAGGUAUAUAACAUGCAAAGUGUGUGUUAAAAAGUUUAGCAUACCUGCUUAUCGGAUACACAAAAAGUUCCAUACUGUAGAUGAGUUGAUACCGGAGCUCUUGAAGAAAUAUAAUUCAUUGAAGAGUUUGUGGAAUGUCAUCUACAUGUGUCAAACUUGUAAGCUAGUUAAUAUGAGCUAUGACUCCGCAGUGACUCAUUCCCAGGGACAUCUGAAUUACGUUAUAACAGAUUUCCAUAAAAUGUGUUACAAAUGUGAUCUUAAAGUAGCUGAGAAGGAGUAUCAUUUGCAUCACAACCUCCAUGUGAAUAAUGUAAACUUAGGACGGGAUUCAUUCAUGUUUCUAAUGUAUAAUCCAUCGCAUUUGUUCAAGAAGGAGUGGAUGUCUCUAUUCUCAGAUUUGCCCGACAUGGAUCGGAGACAGAUUUUGUUGAAGAGUGUCUAUAGAUACACACGCAGCAUCCGCCUGCAAGUCGAGUCCACAUCAGUAACAGAUAACAAGAAAUAUUUCUGCAUGAACUGCAACAAGUUUAUGGACGGACUGGCAAUAUCCUCUCAUAUAGCGAACAAUUGCGCCAAAAACAAUGAAAUCAAAUGCGAAAAAUGUCAGGUAUCAUUCAAUUCUCUACAAAAUCUAUUAGACCAUGAUGCUGAUCAUGAAAAAAUUACUGAAAAAUUCACUAUUGUUAGCUUUAACAAUGAAUGCGACAAGGCCUUUAACAACCACCUUCGAAUGCUCGAAUCUAAAGUCCGUUCUCAAAGAAAGAAGCAAAAAGAGGUCCCGUUGUCUAAACUAAGAGAGUUGCUACUCAAAGAUGGCCCGAAGAAAGGUUUUAAGUUAUAUAAAUGUAGAAAUUGUGACACUUGUGUCAGUUUAAAAUAUAGCGUGCCUAGACACAAUUGCAUUGCUAAAAGCGAUAGGAAAUUUUGCAAUAUAUGCGAGCAAUAUUUUUCCAAAAAGAAAUUUCUAGUUCAUAUGGAAGCGCAUAGAAAGAAGCCGCAUAUCAGAAAGACAAAUCUUCACAUCGUCUUGUUUACGGGUAAUAAUCCAGUAAAAGACGAUCCUUCGGCUAAGGUUUACAAGUGCAAAUGUGGUCUCCACUUUACGUCCGUAAAAAGUGUAGAAAAUCACCUUGAAGUUUGUAAUAAUAGUUUAAAAGUAUCUAAAGAAAAGUGCAGUAAAUGCGACUUGGUAUUUCCAACUGAUUUGUUAGUCACGCAUAUAAUUAACCAUCACAGCAAAGAAACGAAAUUUGACAUCGUAAAAGUCGUUAAAGUCAAUUAUUUCGUAUGCUUUAGUUGUACGAUAGUGUUUGUCGAUAUGCCAUCGUUCAACGCUCACACGCAGAUAUGUAAUCCGAAAAAUGGAGCUAAGUGCACAAAUUGUAAAUUGUUAUUCGAUAAAAAGACGCUUGUUGCUCAUAGCGUCGCUUGCAAUAAUCCUGAUUUACUAUAUAUAAAGAAGUUGACCACAGUUAAGAAAAUUAUUAGAGAAACUACUGUUUAUAAAUGUGAGCAAUGUGAUCUCAGCUACUUGGCUAAUAACACGUUUAAAUAUCAUGCGAACGAAGUUAAUCACUUACAUAAGACUCCCCUGACUUGCAAAGUCUGUGGCUUGAGAUUCACCAAUUGUUCGUACCAAAAACAUAUUAAGCUACACGAUAUUGCGAACGAAGACUAUAAAAUUAAAAUCGUAAACGGAGUUACAAGACAGUUUUACUUUUUGACAGGUAGUAAUAAGGUCGAUAAUGAUUUAAAAUCGCCGAAAAAGCGUAAUUUGACAACCGCUAAUGAUGAUAGUCCUAUAUUUAAUAAGGUACCAAAAUUAGAUGAAAAUUCACCGAAUUUGCGAAUGAGUCGCUCUAAAAUCGAUGAGCCGUCGACGUCAAAAGAAAACGAAGAAUUAGAAAUACCAGAUCAAACUCAUGCAAUUUCAGAAAUAGACCACAAGCCUCCAAAAUCUAGAAGGAGUCGAUCGAAAAUUGAUGAAGCGGCCAAAGACGAAGAACUGAUAGUGCCCGAUCAAAUUUCGGAUCAUUGUGUAGAAACGGAUACAUUGACAGACAAAAAUGAUUCGAACGACGGUUCUGGCUUGUCGAACAAAUUAAAAUCUAAAUUGCUGGUAAAUAGAUAUGAAGCUAACUUAUACAAAUGUCUAAUCUGUAACCAACAUUACAUGAAGGACUCAUCUUUUGACUACCACGUCAAAAAUCACAAAAAACCGUCAGAGACUGAGAAUUAUAAUUGCGAUAUAUGUGGUUUAGAUUUUUCAAGACACACCUUGCCUAGACACAGAUAUGUACACCACGAUCGAAUGAAAUUAAAACUGGAAGAUUUUAAAAUCUUAACCGAAACUGCGUAUUCUACUGCAGCUGAAAUUAUGCAUAAGAUUGCUCUGUAUCAGGGCAAUAAUGCGACAGUUGCCCCGGAAACUGAUAAUAUGAGCGAAGAUAAUGUAAAAAUAAGUGAAAAAACAGCAGAUUCUAUGCAAAAUGACCAAGAAAUGGUCUACUAUAAAUGCUCUGAAUGCAACGUAUGUUUCGUAGACGCUAAAAUGUGUUACGAACACUCAAAAAAACAUGAAGUUCUGGACCCAAAGCUAUACAUACAGUGUAAAAUUUGUGAAUUCCAAUUUUUAAUCGAUUACCUAAAAGACCACAUGAUAGUUCAUCAUAAAGACGAUUUUAGAAUAGAGAAAUUAACUAUUCAAGAAUAUACGCCUCAAAUUGGCUCUGAACCGAAAAUUGAGACUUAUAAUGCUAUAGAUAAGGUCCAAUCUCGCUUAGUUAGUACCACUACGGAUGUAGGUGUAUCAUAGGUUAGGUUUUUUACAAACUUUUUUGCUACCGCUACUCUUGUCGUGGGUAUCGCAAGAGAAAGAGGGGAGAGAGAGAGAAGUCAGGUAGGAGGGAGGAAGAGGAGAUAGAUAUAAGAGUGCAAUAGUGAAUGGUCAAUAUCAGAUUUACUAAUUGAAACGACUUUUCUUACUUCGAACCUUCAAGAAAAGAGCGUAUUCCUUUUUAAAAGGCCGGCAACCUGUGACUCCUCUGGUGUUGCGGGUGUCCAUGGGCGGCACUGAUCGCUUACCAUCAGGUGAUCCAUCUGCUCGUUUACCUGUUUUGCAUAAAAAAAUCCUUAGCUUAUGACUGUUUACUGCUGCACAGUGAGUCUCCUCUACAUAAGAGGGUUUGCCAUAAUCUUCGCAGGCAGGCGGGUUGGAGAUCGCAGUAUAAAAGGUUCAGGUUUAUCAGAGAGCACUGCUGUACGGUCUCUGUCCCUGGUCUCUUAGUCGCGUAUACGACACCCGUGAGAAGAGUAGCGGUGGUAAUAAAUGUAUUCACAAUCUGCUCACAUUGACAACGCCCUUAAGAAUUCAUUUUGUAAGUUAAGUAGGUAGCUAUAUAAAAAAUAAUGUUCUGAUCAAUUUUGAGUCUUACAGCCUAGGAUAUAAGGUUUAAAAAUCGUUUCAGUUGAAGUGAAAACAUAUUGUUAUCAAAAAUGACUUUCGGUAACAAUUAUUUUAAUAUUAAUUGUUGACUAUAAUAGACCAGAUCACAAAUUUUUAUUUCAAUG